AUGAAUUCGAUAUCACGUGCAGUCACCUCGCGAUUUAACGACAUCUCCAACAAACGACAACGACUUGUCGGUGAAGGCAAAGAUUCGGAUUUCGUAAAUCCUAGCUGGAUGGACCCAACAACUAGCGAUUUUAACUGCUUUGAACCACCUGAGCUAAUAAUCUCUGAAGAGGACUGGAAUGAGACUACCUCAAUAGGCCCAAAAGUAGAGAAGCCGAAGAUGAUCUUAGAAGUAAAGGCUUCAAAUAAUAUUUCCAAAAAGGUUACAUCGGUCGUCCGACGACUAUCACCAUUUGGUAGUAGUAACAAUUUGUCAAAAGAGAAGGAAGAGGAAAAACAUGAUGGAAAUGAGGAGAAGAAAUCGCAAAAAAUUUUUAAAGAAACGCGUGGAAAAAUGGAUAGAAUCAAGAAAUCAUUCAAAACGAACGAACGUCAACAACUAAUCGAUUCGGAUGAAGAACAGUAA